AUUAGUUGAAGUAGAUACUAUAAUUUUUCACUUAAAUAGGGCUGAUUAAAAGUGUCAGUCAAAAGUGUCAAAACCCUUGUCAUUAAAAUUCUUCGCGUGUUUUAGCGAAAAUGAAGUGCCACCCCGCGAGCGGCGCCGACUCCAAACAUGAAAAUCAUAAUUUUUCAUGAGCUCGUUGAUAGGUUUUCGCGCCGGCCGCGGUUUCCCGCCGCCCCGCGGCCUAAUUACCGCCGCCUCGCGAUACGUCACCGCGGUGAUUCAAAAAAAUCCACCCAUCCCUCUCCCACUAGGCGGCGGUGAGCGGCAGCGUCCCACUCCAACGAGCAUUUUUAUAAAAACGCAGAGACCGACCGCGGCCGUCCCGCUCGUUCCCGCCGCGACACCGCAUCACCCGCACCCUUCGUCUCCUUCCCGCUUUUUACGAGACGAAGGGGCCGCCACCCGGGUGGGGGCGGCGACCGCGCGAACGCAAAAUAUUGACCAUCGGAAAAAGUCGCGUCGUAUCACAGUCAUCAGUCGAAACCCGAGUUCUCGUGAGCACGCGUCCCCGCCACGACUUCGGUGCGCGUCGUGAGUCUUCGGCUUGCGGUCUCGGCGAGUCACCCGGCCGCCGUAUAUUUUUCCGAGCCCCCGCCCGGCGUCUUGCCGUCCGCGCCCAACAAGUGGUGUAGACGCUGCUCGCGGCUCACACGGAGUCUCGCGCCCGUACUUUGCACAACUUUCCGAGCGCUCCGCGCGCACGCGACGAACAUUUCCCGCGAGUUUGAAAAACGAUCGCGUGUUUUGAAACUUUUACCAAAGUGUUUAGAGACUACAGUGGCGUGACACAGGACUUCAGUGGCGUGUCGAGAGUCGGUGCGGUGUUCGUUGAGGGUAGACUGAAGUCGAUGCACCUCCCGCACGCGAGCCCCCCGGCCCCCAGCAUGGCGGACGUUUAUGCUCAUAUCCAUGAGUACUACCGACAGAGCCACGGCGAGCUGGUGCAGACCGGCUCCCCGGCCGUGCUCUGCUCCGUGCUGCCGGGACACUGGCGGUCCAACAAGUCGCUGCCGGUGGCUUUCAAGGUGGUGGCCCUGGACGACGUGCAGGAUGGCACUCUGGUCACGAUCAAGGCUGGAAAUGAUGAGAACGCUAUGGCAGAACUGAGGAACUGCACGGCGGUGAUGAAGAACCAGGUCGCAAAGUUCAAUGACCUGAGGUUCGUGGGUCGCAGCGGGCGAGGCAAGUCCUUCUCGCUGACGAUCACCAUCAGCUCGUUCCCCAGCCAAGUCGCCACCUACAUGAAAGCCAUCAAAGUCACCGUCGACGGCCCCAGAGAACCUAGAACUAAGCAAAAUUAUGGAUACGGUCAUCCGGGUGCGUUUAGCCCGUUCCUGUUGAACCCCGGCUGGCUGGAUGCGGCUUACCUCAACUACGCGUGGGCAGACUACUUCAGACCACCGCAAAUGCGAGACCAAACCGCCACGCUCAUUAAAGGUGCUGCCGGCCCAAUAACAACAUCACCGGUAACAUUACCCGGAGCAGAAUUGUUCCCGUUCCCACCAGCAAUUUCGAAUCUUCCUCCAGCGGGUCUGAUCCCUCCUCCCGGUGCUUUCCUACCGCCAAAUGGGCUCCUACCAUUUGGUCCGCAUCCGGCUGACCUAGCAAUGAAAGCCCUACCACCAGAACUGACACUGAAGAACGGCAUCAAUCCUUAUGAAGCACUAAGACACUUACAAAGCAACGUUUCUUCAAUGGAUACAUCGAGUGCUCGCUUGUCACCGACGAGUAGCCGACAGAGUGGUAGCCCAAGAAGUGUAAACAAUGCUAGUCCUGAUAGAUCGAAAGCUGAUUCGAAGUCGGAAGUUAACUCAAUUCACGAUGCCACAAUCUCCGAUGAAUCAGACGAAGAAACCAUUGAAGUAGUGAAGUCUGCUUUCCAUCCGACCAGACCAGCGAAUGUUGAGCUUCAAGAGAUGAAGCGGGUUCAGGCCGCUGACUCCACGGUAUCAGACAGGCCGCGAGCUCGAAAUGAGUUAAAAGCACCUUCACAGCGUACCACGAGAAUGUUGUCGUCUAGUCCUACAUCCACCAAGAUUUCGAACGGUUCGUUAGCGACGCACAAAUCUGUGUGGCGGCCAUAUUGACUGUAUAGUGCUAGUGACCUUAGUACGUGAUAGUUAUGUAUCCAUCGUGAUGGUGGAUUUGUUGAAAUGUGAUAAACCAAUGAGCUUGUACAUAAUACAUAUAGGUAUUAAAAAUCCUUUGAUUUAUAUCAGAUAUUUAUUGUUAGAUUUAUUUAGAUGAUAGAGUUUAGACUAGCAAAGUAAAUGUUGAUAGAUUAUUUGUUACUUUUAUUGCAGAUGUGUUCAAGCUUGUCUAUAAUAAUUAUUUCGUAACUUUAAUAACUGUAAAUCGAUUUUUAAAUGUAAAGUUUUAUUAUUCUUCG